AUUCAUCCCAGCAGAGCGAGGAAUACCGACAGGCGGGGCAGCAGUGGACCGGCGGUGCCUCGCUAGCUUUGCUGCCUGCGUGGCGCCCUCUGAUUGGCCGCUCGCAUGGACCGCUGUGCCUGUGCUGGCCAGGGAAGCCUACGUCCCGCCGCAGUUCACGUGGCUCAAGCUGGGGCUCAAGUCGCCGCCGCCCCUCAGCCUUGUUCUCACACACCUCAAG